AUAUUUAUAUUAUUUGUUAUCUUGAAUUGAAGUUUUGUUGCUAUUCCAAUUAUUUUAGGCUUAGUACGCAAAUUCUAGGAAAGGCUGGUAAUAUUUUAAAUAUUUCCAGAUUUCUCGGCAUUGCUAGUUACGAGGCGUAUAUAGAUAUACAUGAAAAUCUUGCGAAUUAUUUCACCUGGUGCUCCACAAUUUUUUUAAAUAUUUUUGGGUGCCCCUGCGGACCUUGCGCCUAUGGCAAGUGCCACCUUUGCCACGCCCUAGAUACGGCCCUGGUUUUAGUAUCUGGUCCUAACCUAGCCACAGUUCCAACCGACUGAAUGAAUUGUAAUCAGUUCAAACAGACUGCAACAGAUAUAAUGGAAAGAAGACAAUCAUUAUUCAAUUAUUCUUACUAUUCAAAUAUAAAUUAGGAAAAAUGAUUCAAAAAUCAAUCAAUAUUCUUAUAAAUGAGCUACGACUCGCCUAAGAAAUUCUACUAUAUCUUAAACGAUUCUUAUAAACAGAGUGCAUUUAUUAUUUUGGCAAUUACAAUUAUUUUAUCCCCGUAAUAUCUUUACACAUUUACUAAUAUUCAGUUAAUUUUAAAUUGUUAUGCUUCAUAUUCUAUUACAACUUAAACUGAUUAUAGAAUAGGUAAUGGUCUCGUCAGUUGUCAGAGAUCUAGCAAGUGCAGUAAUUAAGAUGAAACGAAGAACGUUACUUUGAUGUUGAAAUUAACUGAUUAUUUAAGUUGAAAAUUAUUCAGACUGAUUUUUCAGAAUAUAAAUAGUAAAAUUUCCAAAGCGGUUCAACAAUUUCUUUCAAAUAUUGGAAUGCAAAUGUAAAAAUAGUUUCAAUAUAAAAUAAAUAGGUUUUUAUGCCAUUUUAAGGGAAGCUUUAAGUUGGCAAAUAGAAAAAGAAAUUAUUCAUACAACAAAUCAAUCGUUAAGGAACAAACACGUAAUUUUUUGCGCGUUCAAUCUAGGAAAAAAUAUGAAACAAUUCUGGAUAUAAGAAUUAUACCAAAAAUAACCAUUUGAUUGGAUUGAAACUUAAUUGUGAAAUAACAAAGUAUACUAGGCAAAAUUCAAAAUCUCCGAAACUUGUCAAUAGAUUUCGAUUAAAUUUUCUGUGUGGGGUAUACAAAAUGGGUAGGUACAUACCAGAUUAACAAAAUGCUAUUCAAAGUUUUGCGAAUGCUAUUAAAAAAUCACACAAAAAAACUGAUGUUAAGAUCUAUUAAGAAAAGAUCAAGCUCUUGAAGCAUGUAUUUCUUAUUUUCAUGUUAUUCUUAUUUUCUUAAAAGAAAUGUUGAGAACUAUUCGAAAACUUCUACUUUGACAAAAUAAUCUGUUUAAAGUAAUUAGCCUUAAUGAAGUAAUUAUUUCUCCUGGUUCUAUUUAUCUAAAUAGUGUAAGAUAUUGCAACAAAUAUUUACCACCAAUUGAGCAUCCACUGGGGACAAAAGAAGAGGGGAUAAAUUUAUAGUUUUUUCUCAAUAUUGAGGGGACUGGUAUAGAGGUUCUCUUCACUUCUUAUCUUCAGUUUAGUGUUGUUCGGAAGAUUUUCAAAAUCUUAUUCUCAUCUUAUUAUUUUCAAAAUAUAAGGUACUACUGAGUUACUAGAGUUACAAGUUACAAGUGUUUUUGGUUAUUGUUUUUGAGCUCCAUUAUCGAUAGCCAUGGCGAUCGGAAAGUUUUGGAAGAAAAAGAAGGGCUUCUUCGCGAAGGGAUUGGUUCACGCUGAAGCAAUGGCUGCCAAAACUAUGGGGGCACUACAUUUUGAUUGUGGUUUAUUGACCGUACUCCAGGAAACUCAAAAGUUCAUAGAUAAUGAAUAUUCUCCUAGAAAAUCGAAUCUGGAACAUCUUCAAACUCUCGGAAGUGAAUCUACCACUAUUGAUGGACAAAUAUGUAGCCAAAAAGAAACUUUCUCAUUCAGAGAAUCAGCCGAGCUUUAUGAUGAUAUUUUUAUAUGGAUAAAUGAGGUAGCGGAGAAAGCAAAAACAGAGAUAUUCAGCCCAGAAGAUCAGAACGCUAUAAUCCAAUUCAUUGAAAAUUUAUUGAACAAUUCUGAAGAUCCUGAGUUCCGUAACCAUCUCGAGGACGAGAUAGAGAGGAGUGGAUUACAUGAUUUUUUGGUGGACGUGAAAUGCGAAAAAGGAGGUUUAAUAGGAGGAGCAGAAUUUGCAGAGUUCGCUUCAAAUUUUGAAACGGCAGUGGAGGCUGAAGAAACAUUGCAAAAUUUGGAACUUGAUUCGUCAUCUCCGGAAUAUUGCAUUCUGCUUUUCCUACAGCGAAUGCUGUCUGAUGAGAUUGCUAGGCCUACCCAUUCGAGGAUGAUCGAAUUACUGAAGAACUCUGGGCUCGAUCUUGACUUAAUCCAAAAACUGAAAGAGAAAUCUAAUCAGGAAGAUAGUGCCAGAGUUAAAGAGCUCCAAAGACAACUGGGAGAGGCUCUACAAGCUAAAGCGGAAAUAGAGGCUAAACUCAACACAUUGAAAUCAGCAAGUAGCGAAAAAGUGUUGGAGAAAAAAAAUGAGAGACCAUUGGAGGACGCGAAUGACAACUCAGUACCUCCUGCACCUCCAAUGGAGGAAUCAUCAAGCAUACCUUCACCACCUCCGCUUCCCAUACUAGUACCUCCCCCUAUGGAUGGCAUUCCACCUUUGGCUCCAGGAAUGGCUUCAGCAGUGCCUUUACCACCAAGCUGGCCAAAUGAGAGUCAAAACAUUCCGCAUGGUCUUAAACCAAAGAAAAAGUGGAAUACACCAGUACCGCUGAAAAAGGCGAAUUGGAUAACAAUCCCUCCUCAAAAAAUGACCGAGAAGUCGUUUUGGAUCAAUGUGGAAGAGGAGAAGUUUGCCAAUGACGAAAUAUUGAGAGAGUUGGAUGAAAAGUUUUCCCCGGUUACUAAGCCGAAACCAGAAAAUGAAGAGAAUAAUACUGGAACAUUGAAGAGGAUGAAAAAAGUAAGGAUAUUAGAACCGAGAACAGCGCAGAAUCUUAGUAUACUUCUAAGAGGUUCACUGAAGCACAUUGAUUACGAUGAAAUUAAGAACUUCAUACUGCGAUGCGAUGAUAAGGUUCUUACUGGAACAAUCGUGGAUCAGCUUAUACAGUUUUUACCCAGUGCAGAACAAAUGGAAAAGCUCAAAGAAUUCAAGGACUCUUAUGAAGAAUUAAUAGAGGCGGAACAAUUCUGUUUGAAACUAUCAGAGAUAGAGAGGCCACUGCCCAGGUUGAAAUCUUUGCAAUUUAUUCACUUCUACCAUGAGAUCAAAUGUGACAUAAAACCUAGUAUUCAAGCAGUUAUAGAUGCUUCUAACGAGGUAAAAAAUAGUACGAAAUUAGCAGAAAUUCUAGAACUGAUAUUGCUAUUAGGAAACUACAUGAAUAGUGGUAGCCGGAAUGAACGAGCGUUUGGUUUUGAAAUUAAUUUUCUACCGAAGAUGAAAUUCCUUAAGCAUACUUCUGAUCCAGAAAAUCUUCUACAUUCGCUUAUCAAAACGAUCGAUCACUCUCAUCAACAUCUGAUAAACUACUAUGAAGAAAUGCCCCAUAUUGAUGAAGCAAGUCGAGUCUCAUUGGAUACCAUAAAUAAAUCUCUGAAACAGUUAAACGGUAGCAUUGGUACCAUACAAACUGAGAUAAACAAUAACAUGCAACCGCAAAAUGAAGAAGACAUGUUUACUGUAGUGAUGAAAGAUGUUAUCGAGGAAGCCAAAAAAGAACAUAUCAUCCUGCAACAAUUAUUUGAGGAAGCAGAAAAUCAGAAUGACAUCCUAGCGGAGUUUUAUGUCUUUGACAAAAAGAAAUACGACCUGAAAAACUUAUUCAUAGACUUGAAGAUUUUUAAAGAUGAUUUUAUUGAAACGAAAAAUUAUUUCUAUAAAAAACGCGAAAUCGAGGAAAAUAGAGAAAUUGCUCGGUUGAGGAGAGAAAAUGCACAAGGAAAAAAUGGAUUACAAGAAGAUAAAUUGAAAGGAUUAACUGCUAUGGAAGUUCAAGAAGACGAUAUGAACAGUUUACUUGAAGCAUUGAGAACUACAGGUGAGUUCAGCAAACAGAAAAGAAAGAGACAACACAGAUCAAUAAUUCAAAAAACGUCCAAGCUUGCAAGGACAAAAUCAAGGACUGAUCUCACUUUAGAUAGAGAAAGGAACAGAUAAUGAUGCCAUGUCAACUAAAGUUUUAAGAAUUUUAUUGUAGAAUUUGUAUAUAUGUUCUCUUGAUAAAUUGUCCAUACAAAUGAUUGUAUAUAGUUUUUUUCAUCAAUAUUUUCAUCAUUGUAAUUUCAUAAACUUGUAAAACCCAUUUAUGUAGUAAUAUUUGCUUCAUUGAAUCAUAUAUAAUUGUAAAAAUUAUUUAUAUUGAAUAAAUUAUGUAUUAUUUCAA